AUGCCCUUCAGCUUCACCCUGCUGGUGGGCCUGCUGGAGAAGGGGGAGUGUGCUGAGCAGCUGGCGGGUGUCAUGGAGGCAGUGCUGAGACAGCAAAAAUCAGAGCUACAGGGCCAAGUGCAGGAUCUCCAAGCCGCUCUUUCCUACACACUGAGCCCACCCCGGGGGGGGCGGCUGAGUGAUGGAACAAGAGACAUCCUUCACCUACUGGCUAGGCAGCACACUAAGACCGCAGUCAACAUCCUCCUGAAGAUGCCCUGGCCUUACGAACACCACAUCAAGGCCAUCUGGAGGUUCCUGGGUGCAGACCCCAUGCUAACGAGAGAGGUACUGCACAUCCUGCUGUACGACAGCCCAGAGAAGGGCUGGGCUAAUCCUGGACAGACCCAGGACAGGAACUGCCCCCAGCCAGCCCGGCUGCCUCCGGCAACCACAUACGGCCUGUGGGAGCUGAUCGGGGCCUUGGGGCAAGCUGACACCCUGGAGGGACGCGAGGAUGACCUGUUCGCCUCUUGCUUCCUCGCCAUCGCCAGCCCCCCGGCACAACACCUCUUAGGAAUCCAGCAGGACUGGCCCAGUGACACCAGUCCACGCAGCAUGGCCGUGCAGGCCCUGGCACGGGUGCUGCGCCUCAGGGGCAGUCAGCCAGCUGUGGAAGUAAUGGACCAGGAGCAAGGCUGGCAGCUGCUGGAGGAGGCCCAGCCCGAGGGGUUCACUCUCCUUAGCAGAGCCAUAGUGAGCCACCCAAACCUGGCCCUAAGGAGCAUCCCACAGCUUCUCCUUCCCAGCCUCCAGGCCAGCCAGGAGGGCGAACGCAUGGCCUGCACCGCCCUCUUUGCAGAGUUCCUCAGCAGCCCCCUGCUGAUGGAAAAUGAGCCCAAGGCCAUGCGGAAGCAGGUGCUGAAGGCCAUGCUGCAGCAGACGCAGGACAGCAACAUCCACGUUCGUGGCAGAGCCCUGCAUGGCCUCAGGAACGCAGUGACCGCGUUCCCGGACAAGGUCAGGAAGAAGAAAGAACAGAUUCUGGCGAGCUUUAUCCAUGCCGUAUGCCAGUCCUGCAACCCCUGCGCCAUUCUGGAUGCGACGGAAGGGCUCUGCUGGAUGCUGCGGGACCCCAAGGUGCCUCUGAAGGCACAUGUUGCCAUCCCGCUGGCCAUGCAGGCGAGAACAUUCUUUGAUGAUGAGAACAGCGGCCUGAGGCGGGCCUCCAUAGAGCUCUUUGGCCACCUCAGCAAAUUUGUUUCCAAGAAGUCAUCCCUCUUUGGAGCUGAGGUGGAGAAGUGCAUGGGGACGCUGCUCAUCCACCUACAAGACGGGGAUCCCCAGGUGGCCCAGGUGAGUGCAGCUGAGGGCUCAUACGGGCAGGGAUGGCUGCAGGGGGCAUUCUAACAACAUGGCAAGGGUGGUGCAAACUCCCCCCUCCAAGCCCCAGAUCUCUUCAGUGCUGCCCUGUGGCUCCCAGGACUCCCCACUAAUCCCUCCCCCACCCUCCACAGAGCUCUGCCAGCCCUCAGAGUGUAG